AGUCUCCGUUUCGACGGCUUACAGAAUGGUUAAGUGGCAUCUUACUGGGUACCGGCGGUGGAUUAGUAGUCCGACCGGUUCCGUACUACUGCUAGUGUUAUUGGCUCUCGUUGGUGAUUACUCCUCACGAGGUGUAUUUGCAGCCAGCCCUCUACCCGACCAAAGUGAUGUGCUCUACCACGCCGCCAGUGUGUCCUCGAUCGCCGCUACGCGGGACGUAGACAGCACUUACUUCCUGCCGAAUACAACCGUCCCAACGCACUACUCAAUAUCGCUGCGCACCGAUAUCCACAACGAUGUGCGAACGUUCAGUGCAAUCACGCGCAUCUAUCUGACCGUGCUGGCACCUACCGAUCUGAUCGUAAUGCAUGUGCAGGAGCUCAACAUCGCAAGUGUGGCCCUGUAUCGGAUUGCUUCUACCGGGGGCAAUGAAAUCUGGAUCGAUUCACCGACGUACAUGAUCGAUAUCGUCCGGGAGCACGUUACGUUCCGCACGGCCGGCAUGCUGCCGCUCGGCAAUUACGCGCUAGAGGUCGCGUACACUGGUUCGAUGCGCAACUACCAGAGCGGUUACCUGGUGUCGCGCUAUCGAAACGAGGCGAACGAGUGGCGCUCGGUGGGAACGACCCACUUCCAGGCGACGCUUGCCCGCCGCGUCUUUCCGUGCUACGAUGAGCCGGCCCUGAAGGCGACCUUCGACCUGAAGAUCACCCACCACCGGGCGUACACGGCGAUCGCAAACAUGCCCCUAGCCGGCACGGAGAUCGAUCCCAACAACAGGGAAUAUCUGGUCAGCCGGUUCGAACGUACCCCGCUAAUGUCCACCUACCUGCUGGCGUUCGCGGUGACAGAUUUUAAGACGCUGCGCAACGGCCAGCACGAGAUAGUGGUGCGGAGCAAUGCGCAGGACGAUGCGAUGUACGCGCUGACCGUCGGGUCGACGAUUCUGGAGCGAUUGGGCUCUUAUCUGGAGUUGUCGUACUACGACUACAUGCCCAAGAUGACUUCGAUCGCCGUGCCGGACCGUGGGACGGGCGCGAUGGAGAACUGGGGCCUGGUGACGUACGGGGAACCGUCGCUGUUGUACAACCCGGCCGUAAAUACCUAUCGCAAUCGUAAACGCGUUACGACCGUCAUUGCGCACGAGUACGCGCACCAGUGGUUUGGCGAUCUGGUUAGCCCCCGCUCGUGGGACUUCAUCUGGCUGAGCGAGGGUUUUGCGACGCUGUACGAGUACCUUGCGACACGGCUGGCCGAACCGGGCGAUGAGUACUGGGAGCUGUUCAGUGUGGAGGUCGUGCAGCGAGCGUUCCUUCAGGAUGCGAACGAACAGAUCCGUCCGAUCAAUUGGCAGGCGGCGACACAGGCGGAAGUGAGCAGUUUGUUCGAUAUUAUUGCGUACCAGAAAGCCGGCAGUGUGCUGAACAUGUUCCGCAAUGUGCUAGGGGAAAGCGAGUGGCGCCAGGGUUUGACCCAGUACCUGACCGACCGUGGCUAUGACGCUGCAACGGAAGAGAACCUAGCGCUGCACCUGCAGCGUGCCGUCGAGGGGAAGGACAUCCUACCGCCAACGGCGAACGUGCGCGAUCUGCUUGCCUCCUGGACCGAUGCGCCCGGCUUUCCCGUGCUGAACGUGUACCGGCUGUACCGGGACGGCAUGAUGAUCCUCUCCCAGGAGCGCUUCCUCGAGCAGAGCGUUCUGCCGACCGGCCACGUGUGGCACAUCCCUUUCAACUAUGCGUACGAAUCGUCCGCAACGUUCUACGAUCUCACCACCGCCGGCUGGCUAUCGUCCCGGGCGGCCAAACUGGAAACGCCCGUACCGGACGAUGAGUGGGUCGUGUUCAACAAACAGCAGACGGGCUACUAUCGCGUGAACUACGAUCGCCGCAACUGGGACCUGCUGGCGCAGGCACUGAUGGCCAACCGUAACGCCAUACACCGGGCCAACCGUGCGCAACUGAUAGACGAUGCGUUCAAUCUGGCCCGUGCCGAUCUGCUCGAUAUGGCGGUUGUGUUGCGGCUCAUGCGCUAUCUGCGCGCCGAGCGCGACUAUGCGCCAUGGUACGCGGCGGACAAGGUACUGACCUACCUGUACGACAAGGUGCGUGCCACCGAGCAUGAGCAUGCGUUUUUGGUGUACGUAGAUGAGCUGAUCGAGGAGGUUUACUCUACACUUUCGGUGGAUACGGUCGGACAGGGUGAGUCGACGCUGUACAAGUACCUGCGGCAGUUGAUCACCGGCUGGGCUUGUCGCAUCGGUUACAAGGAUUGUUUGGAGCGAUCGCGAGCAGCACUCAGAAAGGAGUUCCUGCCCGGUCAGGGAGAGUCCUCCGUAGCCGUACAUCCGGAUGUGCGGGCCGUGGUGUACUGUUACGGUUUGCAGCAGGACAGCGCGGAGGAGUUCCAGCUCAUCUUCCAGCGGCUGAUGGCGUCGCGCAAUCAGGCCGAACGGACUGAUCUUAUAGACGCGCUUGGCUGUGCUCGGAAUGCGGACAGCAUUACUUCACUCCUAGCGACGAUCGUGUUCAGUGCCGCACCGGACACAACGUUCGUCUACCUGUCGGAGGAACGGAAUCGAGUGUUCCAAGCAAUCUACUCCGGUGGAAGAGCACCGACGCUUGCGCUCAUGAAUGUGCUCAGUGAUCCCGUCUCGGUGCAGCAACUUUUGGCCAUUGUUGGGGAAGGAACGAUCACCAAUGCCGUCAUGAACAUUGCCCAGCGCACUAACGGAGCAGAGGAAAUGGCCCGCCUCGAAAUGAUGCUCACGGCAAUGAAUGGAAUCCUUCCACCAGGUACACUCAAUAAUGCCAGGGAUACGGCAGCUGCACGUCCGCAAUGGUUCACUACAGCGGAGGGACUAAUCGUGGGCGAGUUUUUGGAGCAAUACAAUCUUCCCUAGAAUGUACGGUUAAGAUUUGCUAUCUCUCUAGCUGUCAAUCUUUAAUGUCAACAACUAUCAGGCUGUACCUUCUCCGAUUGCCUAUCACGUGAAGUCAAUCGGCGCCUGACUGAUAAGGUUGAAUCAUAAUAAAAGAAGCUAGAGUGUGAUUUGUUCAUAAGCAAAUAAGUCGGAUGUA